GGGAGCGCAGUUUACUCGCAGCGGUCAAAGUGGUGGGUACGUCGACUGUCCCUCCUGUCACCACCGACACACUCCUCAUACACGGUGUAUUUGUGGACUCAGACAGUUCUUGUGCUGUCGCUGGCCUUAUUUUAGCCUCUGUGAACGAUACAAGUCAUCUCGGUGUGGAAUUAAGACUCGUAAACACCGUGUUUGAAGAUGACAUAGGACAGGUGCGCGACCACUGGACACCCCCAAAAAGAUCAGAUUUAGAGAUUGUUGUCGUGUGUGUACGUCUGUCUGGCGGUGAGAAAAAGUUACAUAUCAUUCGAAUUGUUUGUAUACAACCUGCGUGAAGCUACCGAGAGGCCCAUACGGGUGUCUUGCUGCAGGAGUGAAGCAAGUGUGGUGGUGAGGGCUGACACUUGCCUCCCUAGCCAGGAUAACGCCUCUCGCGCCACCAUCGCCACGCCCUGGCCACGAUUUAAAGCCCCUACACACGAGGGAGACGUGAGAGGAGGCAGAGGUAUACCCAGGAGGAACACGUACAGGUGGAAUCACUUAAUUAAGCAGUAGCAGCUGAGAGUAACGUGCUUGAGUCUCGUCGCCCAUAGACCACUCCCCUUCCAUAACCUCGGGAACUGUGACUCACACCUGCUGCCUAUGUGUGGGAGGUAAACACUGGGCGGAACUCUCAUUAUCCUCCCAGCCAGACAGAGCAUCAUGCAGAGGUAGCACCGCCAAGACGAGUACCAUAGGUGUCCUUGGUACAGGAGACUGUUUGACUUACAGUAUGGAGGGGUGGAGGUGGUGGGCGGUGGCACUGAAGGUGGCUGUGUUGGCCUGCCUCACGUGCCCAGCCACGCUCACACACCUUGAUUCCCCACCUGAAGAUAUUGGGGAAAGAUACGUUGGUUAUAAUGAAUUGGUGGCUACAACUGACAGAUUUAGCAUUACUAGUGUAAAGAGUUACAGUGAACUUCUCUUUGACCCAACCAGCUACCAAGUGGUAGUCGGUGCCAGGGACCGUGUGUUCCGGCUGAGUCUUGUGGGUCUGCAGCUGUUAGAGGCAUCAGAUUGGGCUUCCAACAAGAGCACGGUGGACACUUGCACACUCAAAGGCCAGAGCCAAGAGGCGUGCCACAACUUUAUCAGGGUCUUACAUGUACAUCGUGGUCGUGUUCUUGUCUGUGGAACCAAUUCUUUCAGUCCUCUUUGCACCUGGAGAAGAUUGUCAGAAAUUAAUCACAUUGAAUCAUGGGAAAAAGGUGUAGCCCGCUGCCCAUUUGACCCUUCCCACAGUGUGACAUCACUACUCACAACUGAUGGUGACCUCUAUGUUGGAACCCCCACAGACUUCUCAGGUCGAUACUCUGCCUUCAUGCGAUCACUAGGUCCAGGCAAACACCUCAGGACUCACCAGUAUGACCUGAAGUGGCUGUCAGAACCCAUUUUUAUCACUUCCUUCGAGUCCUCAGGAUUUAUCUAUUCCAUCUUCAGAGAAAAUGCUGUGGAAAAUUUAAAUUGUGGAAAGAAUGUAUACUCAAGGAUUGGCCGUGUCUGCAAGAAUGAUGCCGGGGGAACUCUUGUCUUGAAGGAUUAUUGGACAACUUUUCUAAAGGCUCGUCUCACUUGCUCAGUCCCAGGAGACUUCCCCUUCGAUUACAACUAUGUCCAGAGUGUUACUUACCUUCCUAGAGAACAAAUGCUCUAUGGUGUCUUCUCUACAGCAGAGAACAGUAUUACAGGAUCAGCAGUGUGUGUCUUCAAUAUGAGUUCAGUAAAUGCUUCAUUUGAUGGACCAUUUAAAUACCAGCCAAAUCCAUCAUCUACCUGGGGUCCUGUAACCGCUGAAAACAGCCACUUCCGCUGUGAUGACUCGGCAGCCAGUAGGGAGGCUGACCUUGCUGCCGACAAAUAUCAACUAAUGGAUCGACCAGUCCAACCCCAGGGCUCCGAUCCUCUCUACCUUCUCAAUUCAGAAAGAUUGACACAUGUGGUGGUGGAUGUAGUUGCAACUCGACUGAGUGGUAACGUGCACGUUGUGUUUGUGGCGGGUGCUGGAGGUGUGAUUAGAAAGCUAAGUGUGGUGCCCACCACCCAGCACACCUGCCUCUUGGAGGUCCUCGCACCCUUCCCCAAAAAUUCAUCUGUCGUGAUUCACACUAUGAAGUUCCUCAAAGAUACAAAUUCACUAUACUUGGGGACGGAUGGUGAGGUAGUUCGCAUCCCAGUACACAGAUGUGGACGCCACAAGACACAGCGGGCUUGUCUAGCUGCCAAAGACCCCUAUUGUGGGUGGGAUACCAACCGCUUAAGUUGUUCUUCCCCUCCUGGAAAAAAUCCUUUUGUAUCUUCAUGGCUGCAAGAGGUUAUGGAGUGUUCACGAUCCACUGAUCCAGUGGAUGGAAAAUGGGGUCGCUGGUCACAGUGGUCACCGUGUGUUCAGACUGGAACUGGAGAUUCGUGCCUGUGUCGUCAUCGAGCUUGUGACUCCCCUAAGCCGUCACAUGGUGGUGCUGACUGUACUGGAUCACACACAGAGGUAACCAACUGCACAGUACAUGGUGGAUGGACUGCCUGGUCUUCAUGGUCUCAGUGUUCAGCCACAUGUGGCAUUGCUGUUAAGACACAGCGUCGCACAUGCUCUAACCCUGAACCUAAGCAUGGUGGCCGUGUAUGUGUUGGUAAUGAGCGUAAUGAGAUCUACUGCCACUCUCUUGCACACUGCCCGUCAUUUAGAGCAUCACCUGUGGAUGGUGGAUGGAGUGAGUGGGGGUCAUGGGGAAGAUGCUCCGCUACAUGUGGUAAUGGUAUCAGGCAGAGGCAGCGUUCAUGUUCUCGGCCGUCACCAAAGAAUGGAGGAUCACCGUGUCCAGGUUGUGAGAAAGAUACUGAGACUUGUGGGAACUGGGCUUGUCCUGAGACAAGUAAACUCACAUCUUGGACUCCAUGGUUAAGAUUAAAUGCCUCUGGAGACUCGGCUAUUCAGAGACGUUUUAGAAUGGAAUGUGUAGCAACAGGAGAUAAGGACAACCCAUUACGUUUUGGGAAAAUGAGUCAAGAGGAUCGGGUCUGUACAAAAGAAGGUUGGUGCGGCGAUUCCCACCAGAUAGACUCUCCAGACGGUAGUGGUUGGUCAGAGUGGAGUGACUGGACCAAGUGUGAUGAACCGUGCGGUGUCGGGCGGCAGUACCGUCAUCGCUCUUGUACCGUUGGUUCAUGUACCGGAACAUCUUCACUAGAGAGAACUUGCAAUGAACAUUCCUGCAGAGGUUUGUGGGCAUGCUGGAGUGAAUGGAGCUCUUGUUCAGCCACUUGUGGUUCAGGAGUGCAGUACCGCACACGUCGGUGUGUUGCCUCCCAGAACCCUUUCAUUGACGCCUCUGAUUGCACUGGCUCUCACACAAUGCAACAAUCAUGCCAUGAGGAUGCCUGUAUAGGUGAAGAAGGUUGGGGCAUGUGGGCAGUGUGGUCAGAUUGUGGAGGUGGAGAGGAGCGAGUAAGAAAACGACACUGUCUUUCGGAUCAACCCAGCCAAUGUCGUGGGCUGGACGUCCAGAGGGAAUCUUGCAAACAUAAAAAUUCUGAUGCCACAACAAUGGAAGCAACUGUGAUGAGUGCCGGUAGUGGUGGUGGAGGCGGCACAGUAUCAGUACAGGCUCUGGUGGGAUCCUGUUUGGCUUGUCUGGUGGCUGGAGCACUGCUUGGUGCCUUGGCCACUUAUCAUGUGUGUGUACGCCGCCACCACAGAAGAGUACCAUCCUCCCCUCACUACAUCUCUGCUAAACCUAAUCAUUAUGUUAGUGUCCCAGGAGCUGAGUGGAAGGGAGAACAGUCUCCAAGCAGCACUAUCAAGAAUGGCAGCAUUAAGAGUGGGAUAAGAGCAGCCAUAACAAACUUACCAUUGAAAGACUUCGACACUGCCACCAUCAAACGGUCCAGCCACGGCUCGUAUGGGAAUGGUCAUCUCCGAGCUGACCUCGACUCUGACACUAUAUUUAAUUUCUAGCAAAAUUGGCCUGCCCAGUCUUUCAGUCUUACGUUGGUGCUAGAGACCCUUAUGAAGGGCCAUCUCCAUCUCAAGUGUUUAAGACACUGUAUCUUCUUGUGAUAUUCAACAUAGUUUUUAAAGACUUAUUGGAAGUUAGCUGGUGGAACAGGUUCCAAUCUUGGGUGAUAAUUUUCAGUUACAUGCAUUUGGAAUAUUUGAGAUAAAGAUGAUGUGACUGUACUGUGUUGUGAAGUGAAAAGUGAUUGAUUUGUAAUGCAAAAAUACAAACUGACAUAGCGACAAGUUUUUUUUUUUUACAAGAAAUGAGAAGACAUUGAUAAUAAGAAACACCAGAAACUGAUACAUAUAUGAGUCUUGUUAUUUGAUGUGUACUGUAAUGAACAUUGAAACCCUGUGUACCAUCAGACAAAAUCAUCAGGAGUGACAUGUAUAUAGACAGACAUAAAACCAGAAAAGAACUCCUGUUAUCUAUCUCCUUUCCUUGUUGUUGGGAAGCUCAUGCAAAGUGUACUGUUGUAUAUAAAUUGCAGCAAUUGCAGUUCUCAGAUUCUUAAUAAAAAGACAAAAAAGUGUUGUGGAAAAGACAGUAUGGUGCAUCGAUGUAGUAGAAAAUACAUUUCAUCUUGCCACAUCUUUCCAUUCCUGACACAAUGAAAAGUAGAUCUUCUGUUAUAUUGUAAUUCUGCUAUUAUUAAUUUUAUGAAAAGAAGUACAGUAAUUUCACCUUGAACAUAUUAUGCAGUACUGAACUUCUUUUCUGUAAAUGUUAAUGUUUUGUAUAUGAAAAGAACAAAGAACUCUCAAUACAGUAAAUAGAAAAAAAUGUAUCACCUUGAGACACAGACUUGCUUUUUAAUCUAGUCAAACCAGUGACAGUGAAUGUAAUGACAUGGAUUUUAAGUAAUCCCUGAUGUAUAAAUUCUUUCAGUUUUAUUAUAAGGUUUUUAAAUGUAUGUGCCAUAUUCUUCGCUGAGAAUUGUUAUAAUUUUUAUACUAUUGAAUUUUCAUAAAAUGUAAAUGGUU